ACACCAAACCGUAAAACUACUGAAAAAUAAUUACUGUAUAUGCUCACAAGCAAACAUGCUCGCUCACACGAAAAAUAAUUUUUGUAAAUAAACUGUAUAUAUAAAAUGUAUGACUUCAUGUAAAUAUUGGUAACUAAUGUACUUAGCAAAAGUAUGAGUGCCUUAAAGUAAAGAACAUGUUGUAAUUAUUGAUGCUACACAACUAUUCAAGCAUAUAUAUUGAAUUGUCACUAGUAUAGAGUGUACUGAUUUGUUGCUGCAAUGUAUGACUUCAUGUAAGUAUUAGUUCCGCCUGCACAUCUAUUUCACAGUCCUCGACCAUAAAAAGAUCUGAACAAACAUAUGAAGUAUCAUAAUUGAAUUUUUCUUUUCGUUUGCAGCGUUGCACUCUUUGGCUUCUGUAAACAAUUUCUUUAGGGAAUUUGUAAUAUAUGAGGUGGCUGAAUUCGUCGUGCACAUAAAUAUGUAACUUUAAAUACGCGUGUCAUGAGAUCGCCUCUGACAGUAUGUCCUGUUUUGCCGGAACACAAAAAUAUAUUUGUGAAAGCGCGUGCGUCUUGGCUGGUGGGACGGGACGGAAGCAAGGUAGAGGCGGUAGAAUGCACGUGACUUCACUUAACUGCCUGCGCAGAAAGAUGCGCGCCCGUCUGAGGCAACCUCCCCUCUUCUAACAUUGGACAUCAUCAUCCAAGAAGGGGCGGGCGACAAGAAAUCUUGGUAGGGGAGGGUGCGCGCUGAAGAAUGUGGUGGGAAGUUCAGCCGCAGAAGGGGAAAUGUACUGCAUCCAAAGGUAGGGAGUGUAAGACAGAGACAGAAAUUCAGAGUGCCUGGUCAAGGUGUCUAGUGACCGGGAAAACCGGGAAAGCCGGGAAUUGUACGGAAAUUAUAACUGCCAGGAAAAAUCCGGGAAUUGUAACAGGAAUUUUUCAUAAAUCCGGGGAUAAAAACAAAGUUUUAUUAAAACGUGUUAUGCUGCAUUUCAUUUCUGGAUCAUCAUCGCUGACCAACAAAUACCGUUAAAAACUAUCAAUAAGUUUUAAGUGGGACGCGAGUCUUAACAGGUCCAUGCGGCGCCCGGAGACAGCGCGAUAGACUUGGCAACACUGCUUGUGUGACUCACCCACGCGAGCGCACGCACACACACCAGUUCACAAUCUCUCGUUCAGACGUCUGGCGCCGUCUAACAGCAUUCUGCCGCCGUUUUCCGCUAUCCAGUGUUUGUGUUUCGUUGCAAUGCGUGUAUGUGGAUUAUUAAGUAUUUACAGUAAAACGGACUUGAAAUGGCUCGUCGGGUGAGAGGGAAAAUUUCGUUUCAAACGGAUUGGAAAGUAGAAUUCCCUUGGGUUGAAGACAUCAAGGAUGAUCGUCACUCUGCUAGGUGUGCAGUCUGUGGGACUACUUUUUCCAUUACUUCCAUGGGAAGAACAGCUCUUACAAGCCAUGCCAGUGGAAACAAGCAUAAGAAAAAUGUGAGUAGUGUAGAUAAGACAGCGCCAAUUCAAAUUUGGGCUACUACAUCUGCCCCUGAAACAUCUAAAGCAUCUGAACCUUCACCUUUACCAUCUUCAUCUGUAAUUCAACCUUCGUCAGCUGCUGUUAUUCCUGGUGCGAGUAUGAAUCUACCUGCUGAAGAUUAGUUAAUCCCGAAAUCUGCUUCUACAACCCGCUGUUUGGAUAAUUUUCUUCUUAAAGACGAUGUGACUCGUGCCGAAGCUUUGUGGUGUCUUGAAACGGUGAUGAAUCAUAACUCCUUACGCAGCGCUGCUAGUAGCGUAAACAUGUUCAAGCGAAUGUUUCCCAACGAUCGUGUUGCAAACAAUAUGAAACUUCAAAAAGAUAAAAUUUCAUAUGUCAUAGUUUAUGGAAUUGCUCCUUAUUUUUAUGAUAAGUUGAAAAGUGUUUUGAAAGAGUGUGAACAUUUCGUGUUGGGUUUUGAUGAGAGUGUGAACAAAAUUGCACAGAAACAACAGAUGGACUUGUCUGUCAGAAUUUGGGACUCAAAUGUAAAUAAAGUUAUGUGUAGGUAUGUAACAUCCAUCUUUUUGAAUCACGCUACAGCUGAAGAUCUCUUACAAGCCAUGAAAACUGGCUUGGAAGGAUUUGACAUGAAGAUUAUCCAAUUAUCAAUGGAUGGUCCUAACGUAAAUUUCAAAGUACUUAGGCUUUUACAGCAAGACAGCAGAUCUGACCCAGAAUCCCCACAGUUACUAGAUAUUGGUUCUUGUGGUUUACACACAGUGCACAAUGCCUUUAAGACAGCCAUCAAGAAAUCUGGUUGGGAGAUAAUUGAGUUUCUUAGAGCCCUUUACAAUUUGUUUAAAGAGGCUCCAAGUCGACGAGGAGACUAUACAGAGGCUUCAAACUCACACGUGUUUCCUUUGAGGGUUUGCUCAAUUCGUUGGAUUGAAAAUGGCAAAGUAGCGAGGAGAGCAAUGGAAAUAUUGCCACUUGUUGAAAAAUAUGUCAACAUAGUCAAAACCACAGCAAAGGAACCAUCUUGUAAUAGCUUUUCUGUUGUAUGUAAAGCCCUGCAAGACAAACUCCUGCAAGCGAAAAUAGCUUUCUUUGAGGCACUGGCAAGUGACGUUGAACCAUUUUUGGUAGAAUUCCAGUCUGAUUCUCCAAUGGCACCAUUUCUUUUCGAUAGUUUGACAUUUAUUGUAAUGACUGCUAUGAAAAGAAUUGUGAAAACCGAGAUUAUUGAGAAAACUCCUCUUCACAAAAUUGAUGUUUUCAAACAGAAUGCAGAUAAGACUUUUGUAAAUCUCAAGGAUGUGAAACAUGUUGAGCUUGGUUACAGUACCCGUGCAGCACUAAGGAAGUGUAAGAAUGCCUCUGAGAAAGAUAUUUUAAUUUUCAGAAAAGAGUGUCGGAAUGUCCUGCAAUUUUUUGUGAGUAACCUGUUGCUGAAGUCUCCUCUGAAGUAUUCUCUUACCAAGGCUCUUACUUUUUUGAACCCUUAUCAUAUUUCUUCCAAAGAUAGUUGUGUAAAACAACUUACUACUGCUCUUGACCACCUCCUUACGGCCAAUCUUCUGCCAGCUAGCACUGUUGAAAGGGCUGAUAGAGAGUACAGGUUUCUUUGCUCGCAAUCAAAUGUCAUUGAAGAAAUGAAAACCUACUCUAAGUCUGAAACUCGCUUGGAUACCUUCUGGGUGCAGCUUAUAGAAGGAAAGAAGGAAUAUGAGAACCUCUUUAAAGUAGUCAAACUACUUUUAAUUUUGUCUCACGGCAGUGCUAACAUCGAACGAGGAUUUUCAGUGAACAAAGAAAUUUUAGUCGAAAAUCUGAAAGAACCAUCACUCAUAGCCCAGCGUCGUAUUUUUGAUUUUGUUAGUAAUGAGCCGGGUGGACUGAUGAAGCUAGACAUUCCUAAAGCCAUGAUUCAUGCAGUGAGGAAUGCUUAUUCCAUGUACAGUGAGGCACUUGCAGAGCAGCAGUGUGCAAAUAAGAAAAUUUUCAAGCUAGCGGAAGAAAGAAAACGUGCAGCUACUGAGAUCAAACAGCUUGAGGCGAAGAAACUCAUGUUGCUUGAGGAUGUACAGCGUGCAGUAUCUGCCAUCGAUGAGAAGGUGAAAGAUCUUAAAAAAUAGUAUAGGGCUGUGUAUUGCAUGACACUAUACAGUUAAACUUCUCACAGUUUUGUACUAGUGUGACUAUGGACCAAACAAGCUGCAAGACAAUUACUAUCGAACCAGGACAAAUGAAAAAUUCCAAUGUUUUAAUAAUGAAUUUGAAGUUCCAACAUUUCCAGUGAGAAGGUAGGCCUGCAUAUGUCUUUGAUGUUUAUAGCAUCUUUAGAUGAUCAUUUUGUUAAAAUGCUUUUUCUCAUUACAUACAGUAGUAAUUUAGUAAUUUAUUGCAUUUGUUCAAUUUUGCAUGUACUAUCAUGAUUUUGGGGUAAAAUUUUAUCGCGUAUGAUUUACAUGUAUUCUUUUCAUUUUUGACAUGUACAGGAAUGUACAGGAAUUGUACAGGAAUUUUUUCUGAUCAUUUCCCUAGACACCCUGCUGGUGCACAGCUAGGUCCAGUAGAAUCUUAAACAAGCAAACGCUGAGACCGUGUUGGGGAAGAUGAAAUCAUUCAUUUCGCAAAUAGAAAAAGUAGAGUACGUUUGGUCAGACCGAGGAACGCUAUUCACCAGUGCUAAGUGGCAGCAAGGGAUGCAAUGUUUAGGUGUGAUCCCUACUACUUCUUCUGUCCAUCAUCCUCAGAGUAAUCCUGUGGAUAGGCAGAUGAGGAAUCUAGGAAAUAUGCUUAGGCCGUAUUGUCACAAUGCCCAACAGAGCUGGCGAGAUUAUAUCCCGUUGGUAGAAUGCAUCCUUAAUCACAAAGUACACAGUUCGACAGGAUUAACACCCCAUGAGAUCAUUACUGCGGAAUGAUCAGAGGUGUUACUGAUCGCCAUGUUACCCGACCAUGAUAGAGACACAAGAGCAAGAACCGAUAAGCGAAGAUAUGAGGGAACAAAUAGAGAAGUUUGUUAGAGCUCGUAUACAUCUAGCUGCAGAACGUCGGAGUAAGCCACAGAAGCUGAAACGAGUAACAAAGUUAAAUAUAGGAGACCAAGUGCUUAAACAAACUAAUCCCGUUAGUAACAUGUGAAAACAGGUUACGAAGAAGCUGUUUUUAUUGUUUGAAGGACCAUUUCAAGUUUGAAAACGAGUAAAUGAGAACUGUUACACUCUCAAGGAAACGGACAGCGACAAGGUCAUUGGAAGAUUUAAUUUAAUGCAGCUAAGGCUUUAUAAGCAACCUGAGGCUUAGAUACACUGAUCUAUGACGUAUAUGUAAGAGAUAAUGUUUGGUCGAGUCAUCAGUGAAAUUCGACAUGAAGCAGAUUUAUUGUUUGACUUUAAUUAAUGUUGUUUAUCCCAACAGUAUAAGGGAGUACUAUGUUGCAUCGCUAAAACAAGCACGCAUGCUGGUGGCUAAUUUUGGUGUCCACUGUGUCAUAGUACCAGUGAGGACAUUUCUGUGCAUGGAGCACUUAUCGACGAUUUCUUUUGUCCACUGAGCAUGUAGGCCAGUGCAGACAGUUGUCGCUGAUAUGCGUUUUUCUUCGUCGAUGUUUGUCACACCUAUAGGUAGUGGUGUGAUUUUCUAUUAGCCAGUGCGCAAGUUUUGAGCCAUGCCACAUAAUUAUUUGAUUAUUGAAAUUAUUAAAGAAUCUGAUAUCGUCUUAAUGUCUACGUCAUAUAAGAUUUGAAGAUCAUGAAGAUUGCUCGUCAAAAUCCAGUAGCAUUAGUCGAGAGGCGUCAUCCAAGAGCCAGCUGUUAGUCAAGCGAAACACAUCACUGUUACACUCUCAUC